UCACCAAAUAAUCUUAGACAAUUAUUUUUUAUUGACACAGAAAUGUCUUCAGCUUAUAUUUCUGAACCAAAAACUAAAGGAAAGGUGUGUCUAGAAACAACAUUAGGGCCGAUUGACAUUGAAUUAUGGAGCAGAGAAUGCCCUCUAGCGUGUCGCAAUUUUGUUCAACUUUGCGCAGAAGGAUACUACAAUGGCUGCAUAUUCCAUCGUCUUGUACGUAACUUUAUUGUGCAGACGGGUGACCCAACAGGAACGGGACAUGGAGGAACUUCAAUUUAUGACGAUGUUUUUAAGAGUGAAUUCCAUCAACGUUUAAAAUUCAACAGACGCGGAUUGGUGGGAAUGGCCUCUAAUAAGAAAGAUCAAAAUGGUUCACAAUUUUUCUUCACACUUGGCGAAGCAUCAGAUCUUAACGGCAAACACACACUUUUUGGAAGGGUUGGUGGGGAUACUAUCUUUAAUUUGCUCAAGAUGAACGAUUAUGACGUUGAUGCAAAUGAACGUCCCUCCAGAAUACACAAAAUUACAGGAGUUAAAAUUCUGGAAAAUCCUUUUUCUGAUUUAAAAAUACGUUCUAAAAGUGAAAAGGAAGAAAAGAUUGGAAAAAGAAAAUUAAAAGAAGAAAAAACUGAACAUGUUCAACCAAAGAGGAAUACUGCAUUAUUGUCAUUUGGAGAUGAAAUGGACGAAUAUGAUGAAGAAGCUUCUAAGUUUCAAUUGAAAGGAAAGAGUGCUCAUGAUGUGUUGGUUGAUGAUAUUUCUCUGAGCAAACAAGCGGCAGUUGGGCCAGAGGAAAUUAAUUAUAAGAAUGAAAAUAGUAAAAAAGUGGACGUUGGUGAUAAAGAGGAUUUUAUGGAAGAACAGGCGAGAGAAGAAAGGAUGGAUCGAAUUAAAAAUAAAUUUAAAAGUAACAAAAAAGUUGUGCAAUUUGAUGAAAGUAAUAAGAAUGAAGAGGAAGAUGAUAUUGAAAAAAUUGUUGAAGACUAUAGAGAAGCGGGGAAGAGGAAUGAAAUGGAGCGAAUCAAAUCAGAAUUAAAGGAACUUCAGAAGGAAUAUAAAAAAUCAAUGCGUGGACAAAAGGAAGAGAAGCUAGUUGAUGAAGAGGCAAGCACUUCAACUGGUAUGAAAAUGUAUAACAAGUUAAAGCUAAAUUUCAAGUCUGGAACAAAAGGUGUUGUUAAAACUUUGGAUCCGAGAAGAGAGGAACAGACGAUUGCUUUGCUUGGACGUUUUCAAACGAGACUACAACGCGCCUCAGUACAAGGUGUUUUAUUUGAUAAAAAGGUGGAUAUGAGUGAUCAGAAAAGUCGAGAAGAUAUUAUUUUGGCUACUUCGGAAGAUCAAGGAAAAAUUGAUUUUGAUGCAGAGGAUAUACAAGGAGAGGAUUGGUUAGAGGAAAUUUUUAUUUUAACUAAAAAUAAUUUUAGGAUGAAUCAUGAAUUAAUAGCGCCAGAAGAUACUUCUGGUGUCACAAAAGCCAAAGAUGCAAAUAUGAAAGAAGAAAACGAUGAAUGGUAUCCAAUUAAUGAUCCAAGGAACAAAAUGAAUGUACGGAAGAGAACUCAAGGAGGAAAAGUUCCUGAUCUGUUCGCCAGUGCUGAUCCGAUGGCAUUACCUUAA